UGCCAUUUCUUUCUUGUCAUGCGCUUUACAUGUAAACAGUUUUCACCAGCAACCCAAGUGACGCUUUUCUCUUAACCUACAAAAAAUAUAAAUUAUUGUACAUUUAAGCUCAUGCAGUCCCAGAUUCUUAAUUUUGUACGAACAUCUUUAUUUACCCUGUUUAAUCGCAUGCUUGUAAGGAAAAUCACACAUCACAGCUCUAAGAGUGUUUACUCACAGUACAGCACGAUGCCUAAAAAGAGCAAAACGAGUAAAAGCAACCCAAAGCAAACUUUACCGGAGACACCGUCUGGACCAGUAACAAAAAGUAAAGACGGUGGAAUUGCAAUCGCAAUACAUGCCAAACCCGGGGCCAAACAAAAUGCAAUUACAGAUGUCUCUGAUGAGGCGGUGGGUGUCGCCAUUGCAGCACCGCCGACAGACGGAGAGGCCAACGCCGAGCUGCUGCGCUAUUUAUCCAAAGUCCUGGAGCUGAAGAAGAGUGAAAUAUCUUUAGAUAAGGGCUCCAAAUCCAGAGAAAAAAUUAUCAAGGUAACAGCAAGUGUCAGUCAAGAGGAUAUUUUGGAGAAAUUAAGAAGAGAGGCCGCAGGGUGAAACUACAUUGUACUUUGACACAAAAAUGGACUAAGCAUGGAGCUAUGUUCCAUUAACCUCGUACUCCAAGUUGUUUGCACCUUGACCAUAUGGUAUAAUAUUUAAUGAAAUAUCCAAGUUUAUUAAAUAAAAUGCUGUAUUUUUGUGAAAAUCUGUGUGAUUCUGAAUGCUACGCUAAAAACGUUAUACAUAAAGCCACAAACACGGUUGUAACCUGUUGCUGUAAUAAGAUUUUAAGUUAAGAACAUGCACUGCUUAUUCUGCCAGUUAAAUAGUAGUUACAGCAGCACCUGAGGUCCUCCACCAGUGACAAAUGUGUUCAUUAAUGAGAAUCUAAUGAGUAUGGUUAUCAGACAUUUUCUAUUAACUAAAAGCAUUUGGAUUAAAUGGAUUAUUCGACAGAUUGUAGGAGGCUUAGUUGGUACUUUUAUAUGCGGUUAAUGUACAUAUAAAAGCAUUUUAACUGUUUAUAGACCUGUAUACAGUGGUGUGAAAAAGUGUUGGCCCCCCUCAAGAUUUCUUAUGUUAUUGCACACUUUAAUGUUUCAGAUCAUCAAACAAAUGUAAAUAUUAGUCAAAUAUAACACAAGUGAACAAAGCAAAAUCACCAGUGUUUAAUCUACACUGCUCGUGUUUAUAUACCACCAGACCUGGUGGUACUCAUACACUAUGAUUGUACAUUUAACAGUGGUGAUUUUGCUGUGAACACAACAUGCAGUUUUAAAAUAAAGGUUUUAUUAUUAAGGGGAAACUACAUGGCCUUGUGUGACAAAUAUGCAAACACAUAAGAAAUCUGGAGGGGGGCAACACUGUUCACAUCACUGUAUACUGUGCAUAUAAUGUGCAUUUGUGUUCAGUGAAUUUUAAAAUAGAUUGCAGCCAUUAGCCCAAUUUCAGACUAAAUUCAUUUUAUAAUGCUAAAACAGAUUCUUUCUGCGAGCAUACAACAAGCAACCAUAGAAAAUAUCAUAGAUCAUGUAAAAUAAGAAGUGAAAUAGUAUUUCCUGGUUUUCUAUUGCUUACUAAGUUUCAUAAAUGAAGAGGUACAUUUCUUUAAUAAACAACAUUUUUGAGGCAAUGUGCUCCUCCACCAUUAGUGGGGGGGAGGAAAAGUCAUCGAGAGCCAAAACAUGUUUGCAUUUAAUCAUGCAGGCAAGCUCUGCAACCUCCCACUUUAUUAAAGUCUUCCAAUAUAAACCUUUAAUAAAUGAGAAUCUCUGGUUAUUUGCCUGUUCCCAGCCCACUUCCUGUAUACGCCUUAUGAAAUUGUCAUAUAACAAUGAUAUUUUUAAUUUACUUGUUUAAUUAAAAAUUAAUUCAUCGAGCUGUUUCCUUUUGCUAUAUAUUGCUAUAUAUUACAUUUGUUAAUACUAUACUACUGUUUACCGAGUUGCCUAUUUUGUGAUAAAUCUGUGCAACAGGUUAUCUGCUGGCAAUGCUAUCUUCAUUAUUUCCAAGACACAAAUUUGUGAUUUUCAAGCCUGAAUUUCAUGGCUUUCAUUAAAGCACAGAAGA